AUGCUCGUCCGAGACCUCCGCCGUCUCUGCCUCAUCAUCGGUCCCUUCCUCGCUUUCUUCUUCAUCACCCUCACCAUAUGGGGAUUUCCAUCCUUUGCCGGCGAGAAAGUACCUUUCAUCCUCGGCGACAGUUUCGGGUCAUCAAGGAAUCAAGUUCCAUACCACGGCUCAUCUUCAUCCAAAGAUGGAAGCACCAAGUCUUCCCCAUCAGAAGGCUCAGACGGCGGUAUCGCACCCGGUCUGUUUCAGCCGGACUCCGGCAACAGCAAAGAUGAAGGCCAUCAAACAAUCCACUCCGUCUCAACAAACAACGGUUCCUACUUCCGCAUCGAAUUCGCAAAAGACACACCAGCUUUCAACCCGAAUAUUAUCCCCCAUCCUACCCGUCCGGGGGUGUUCAUCGUGGUAGCGCAGAAGUGGCAUGAGUCGAGGAAACCUUCAUCACCAUCCCCUUCAUCCCCCGACUCCACUUCAUCGGAUACCAAUCAUACCGCUGCUGGCGCGAAGCAAAAGUCACAGCACGCAACGAUGCAAUCUGAGCUUUCCUGCCUGGCUUCCUUCCACCCUUCUGCCUCCAACCCCAAGGUCCUCCGCUGUCUGCCUGAAUCUCCACCCUUGCCGCUGCCGAUAGCAGCAACACCGGGCAAUAACUGUGUCGGUCCCAUCUUAGCCAGUUUACCUGCUUUGGGGAUGUGGAUGCAGGACUUUAGGGUGUUGGUGGAGUGGUGGGGAAGUGAGGUUGAGGCGUUUGGUGCUGGUCAGCUGUGGAGGGUUGCCGGGGAGUUGCAGAGGCCGAUACUCACUGUUGAUGGAGGAAAGGGAGGUGAGGGGAUGGGAGGAGCUGGACGGGAUUUGAAGGUGAAGGAUGAAGGGAUCAGGACUGGGGAUAAGGGAGCGGGUGGUGAGGGUACAUCGAGGGUCCUCAAUGAGAUGGGCGAGGAGAUGGACGAGGAAAGGCCAAAGAUACCAGCUGGUUGGGGCGAGAUUGAGAAGAACUGGUUCGUCUUUUGGGCUCCUCCUCUUGACUCCGGCUCCGGCUCCGGCUCCAGCUCCAGCUCCAGCUCCAGUUCCUCCUCCUCGGUCUCCUCACCGAAGUCCUCUCACCAUAAGCCCCAAAUCAAAGCCCUCCAAACUUACAUCCACUACGACCUCUUCCCCUACCGUUCCUUCGCCAUUCUCCACGACGACGGCAGCGCUACCGCCAUCCCCUCAUCAUCCACCUCCGCCGCAAAAGAUGAAAAGUGCCUAUCCCACUACCUCCCCCCUCUCCCCUCAUCGGAACCAGUCUCAAUCCACCAAUCCACCAACAGCCUCCGUAUAACCCUCUGCAACCGCUCCGAUCCCUCCUGCAUCCCAACAGAAUCCAACACUUUUCUGUUGACAAUUAUCCAAUACAAGCGAUUCUACCAUUUCCACUCAGAAUACGAACCCUACGUCGUUUUGUUCAGCCAGAGAGCCCCUUCCUUUGAAGUGUUUGGUGUUUCGAGAAAGCCGGUUUGGAUUGAGGGACGGAAGAAAUGGGAAAAGGGGGAGUGGCAUGGCGAGGGAUUGGGAGAUGGGCAAGAACGGACGGAGAUGUUUUAUGUUACGAGCGUUAAUUGGAGGGACUACCAUGGUGACCGGGAAGGCAACGGUAAAAACGGUGAGAAUGGGGCAGGAUAUCAUGGUUUCUUGGAUGAUGUUUUGAUCAUUGGGUUUGGGAUGGAGGAUAAGGAGAGUGGGGGGAUUGAUGUUUUGGCUGGGGAGCUGAUAAAAGGGGUUGGGCUUUGUGAGGAUGUUGUGGGAAAGGGUGACGUGACAAUGGGUGGUGAGAAGCAAGUUGAUACGGUCGGACAUACGGUGUCGUCGCCGGUGAACGAUGCGGCGGUGUCGGAUUCUGGGUUGGGACAGCAAGGAGCUGGAAAGGAUGUUCGCCCGCCGCCGCAGCAGCCGUUGGAUAUGACCGGCGCUGGGUUUGAUGGAUUCCCGGCUCAGGAUGUUCCGUUGGAGAUACCGGCUGACUUUCCGGUCGACUUUCCGAAGGAUUUCCCAGCUGCUGAUUUUGGUUUGGGACCGGGAGCGCAACUGGAUACUCCGCCUCCGUCUCCGCAGCCUCAUUCGGGGUCACAUGUGGAGAAGAAUUGGUGGAAAAGAAUGAAUGGGAUCUGA